AUGUUUUUGAAGCCUGAUUCAUCUAAUUGGACAACCAUUGCAGACACAUAUGGCUAUGUUGCUCCAGAGCUUGCUUACACAGGCGUGGUGAACGAGAAAUGUGAUGUUUAUAGCUUUGGUGUUCUGACAGUAGAAGUUAUGAUCGGAGAGCAUCCAGGGGAACUCAUAUCCUGUCUACAAUCAUUGACUAACCUAUGCAUCCACUUAGAAGAUGUUUUAGAUGCACGUCUAUCGCCUCCCCCAGGCCAACAACUUGCUGAUAAAUUGUCCUUUACGUUAACUAUUGCUCUAUCAUGUUUACGAGCCAAUCCUCAAUCUCGACCAUCCACGAGAACUCAUUACGAGGCCCUUUGGGCGUCAAAAGCAAGACAACGGGAAACAUUGGAAGGGAUUGCCACUAUCCAAUUACAAGAGAGCUGA